AUGAACAAGGACAAUGAAACAUAUCUCAAACUUUUUCAACGAGGUUCUUCUAAUAAUCAUCUCAAGAGUAGUUUGAUCUCCAAAAAAGCUAAAGUUACCACCACUGUAGUUGCUCUCUUUUGCUUAGUAGUAACUUUUUGUUACUAUUUUGCAGCCUCCAAUAAUAAGAUAAUUUCAGAUGAUUAUUUCGUUCGAAAUCAAAACCCUUCAUCAAUCCAAACAAACAAACACGAAAAACAAGAAUAUCCACUUACAUGCACCAAAGGAAACAAAACUGAGACACAAACAUGUCCAAGAGACCAGUUUCCUACAAAACACAACCCAACAAGUCUAUAUAGCCAUGUUUGUCCCUCAUACUUUAGAUGGAUCCAUGAAGAUCUAAAGCCAUGGAAAGAGAAAGGAAUCACAAAGGAAAUGGUGGAAGAAGCAAGAAGAACAGCACACUUUAAGAUUGUGAUUGCGGAUGGAAAGUUGUAUGUGGAGAAGUAUAGGAAGUCAAUUCAAACAAGAGAUGUGUUCAGUUUGUGGGGUAUUUUGCAACUAUUAAGAUUGUAUCCUGGGAAGUUGCCGGAUUUGGAACUCUUGUUUGAUUGUGAUGAUAGGCCUGUUGUUCCUUCGGAUAAGUUUCAUGGCGCAAAUGCUUCACCACCACCUUUGUUUAGAUAUUGUUCUAAUCAAUGGAGUUUGGAUAUUGUGUUCCCUGAUUGGUCCUUUUGGGGAUGGGCUGAGAUAAACAUAAAGCCAUGGAAAGAUACUUUGAAAGAUAUAAAAGAAGGGAACAAAAGGACUAAGUGGAAGGAUAGAGUACCUUAUGCUUAUUGGAAGGGGAACCCUUAUGUUGCUCAAACUAGGAAGAAUCUUUUGAAAUGCAAUGUUACAUCCCAAAAUGAUUGGAACACUCGUCUAUACAUACAAGACUGGGUAAAAGAAUCCAAUGAAGGUUACAAAAAAUCCGGCUUAGGGAACCAAUGCACCUAUAGGUACAAGAUAUACAUCCAAGGAUAUGCUUGGUCUGUUAGUGAGAAAUACAUUUUGGCAUGUAAUUCCAUGACAUUAUAUGUAAAAUCCGAGUACCAUGAUUUUUUCAUGAGAGGCAUGGUUCCAUUGCAACACUAUUGGCCCAUUAGAGACAAUUCAAAAUGCACCUCUCUUAAGUAUGCUGUAGAAUGGGGCAACAAUCAUACUGAUAAGGCACAAGCAAUAGGAGAGGCUGCUAGCAGAUUCAUACAAGAGGACUUAAACAUGAACAAUGUAUAUGAUUACAUCUUUAAUCUUCUCAAUGAAUAUGCAAAACUUUUAAGGUUCAAACCAAGUAUACCUCAAGGAGCUGUGGAAUUUUGUUCUGAAACAAUGGCAUGUGAUUUAAAUGGUAUAGAAAGGAAGUUCAUGGAGGAAUCAAUGGUUAUGUUUCCUAGUGAUUCAAAUCCAUGCACUAUUCCUCCACCAUAUGAUCCUUUAACUUUACAAGAAGUUUUAGAGAGAAAUGUUAAUUCAACAAGACAGGUGGAAAUUUGGGAAGAUGAAUAUUGGUUGAAUAAGAAUAAUGGACAAUAG